GGGGAGCACAUGUAUAUGCUUGUCACUAAGGGGCUGGGAGAAGGACGACGGGAAGCGAGGUAGCUGGCCACGGCCGCCAUAUGCUGACUGGAUUCCUGUUCAUGUCUGCCGUGUGAAGACCGAAGGGUUCUGCUGUGUGCUGGCCGGCCGGGGAACACGCCGACACGCCAUGGGAAGCUCACAUCUCCUCAACAAAGGCAUGCCUCUAGGCAUCAGGCCCCCCAUCAUGAACGGGCCCAUGCACCCGCGCCCCCUGGUGGCGCUGCUGGACGGACGCGACUGCACGGUGGAGAUGCCCAUCCUGAAGGACGUCGCGACCGUCGCCUUCUGUGACGCUCAGUCCACACAGGAGAUCCACGAGAAGGUGCUGAAUGAAGCUGUAGGAGCUCUGAUGUACCACACCAUCACUCUGAUGAGAGAAGACCUGGAAAAGUUUAAAGGUCUGCGCAUCAUCGUCCGCAUCGGCAGCGGCUACGACAACAUCGACAUCAAAUCUGCCGGGGAACUGGGCAUAGCUGUGUGUAAUAUGCCGGCGGCCUCGGUGGAGGAGACGGCGGACUCGACGCUGUGUCACAUCCUCACCUUGUACCGACGCACCACCUGGCUGCACCAGGCGCUCCGGGAGGGCACGCGGGUCCAGAGCGUGGAGCAGAUCCGAGAGGUGGCGUCAGGAGCCGCGAGGAUCCGGGGAGAGACACUGGGACUCAUCGGGCUCGGUCGAGUGGGCCAGGCUGUCGCCCUGCGAGCCAAGGCCUUCGGCUUCAAUGUGAUCUUCUAUGACCCUUAUUUGGCCGACGGGGUAGAACGAUCCCUGGGACUCCAGAGGGUCACCACACUACAGGACCUGCUCUUCCACUCCGACUGCGUCUCAAUGCACUGCAGCCUCAAUGAACACAACCACCACCUGAUCAACGACUUCACCAUCAAACAGAUGCGCCAGGGGGCGUUCCUGGUGAACACGGCCAGGGGGGGCCUGGUGGACGAGAAGGCCCUGGCUCAGGCCCUGAAGGAGGGGAGGAUACGUGGAGCUGCUCUGGAUGUCCAUGAGACCGAGCCUUUCAGCUUCAGUCAGGGCCCGCUGAAGGACGCUCCCAACCUGAUCUGCACCCCGCACGCCGCCUGGUACAGCGAACAGGCCUCGCUGGAGAUGAGAGAAGAGGCCGCCAGGGAGAUCCGAAGGGCUAUCACAGGUCGUAUCCCAGACAGUUUGAAGAACUGUGUGAAUAAGGAGUUCCUCUCCCAGAAUAACCACUGGGCAGGUGUUGACCCAGCUACCGUUCACCCCGAGCUCAACGGGGCUUAUAGGUAUCCCCUAGGAGUGGUGAGCUUGCAAGCGGCCGUCCUCCUGCCACCAGUUGAAGGCAUCGUGCCCGGCGGCGUGCCCAUCACACACACCCUCCCGCCCGCCGUCACACACCCUCCUCAUGCCCUGUCCCCCGGACAAAAUACAGUCAAGCCACCAGAGGGCGACAGAGAGCAGUAUCCGAGUGACCAACUGUAGCCACACACACACACACACACACACACACACACACACGCUUGCCUGUGUUGUCUGGUGACCGGAGGAGGUUGGCCUGGCAACCAGGAUCAUAGCGAUAAGCUCCAUAGUGACGUGUUGUUAUCAGACGGGUUGAGUCAGACGGACAGGUUGAGGUCCCAGUAACAAUCGAUUCUAGACACUCUGGCAAAUUGGUUCCCAGCAGCCGGUUCAUACUCCAAAGAAGAAAACGAUGAUGGUAACGAUCAAAGAGGAUGAUGAAGAGGAGUGGAUAGCUGUCAGGUGCGCCAUUCAAAGAGCAGGACCGUUGUCCUCUGCUCCAAACGGACUGUACAGAUCCACAGGAUGAUCCCCACGCGACAACUACAGUCGUCGAGUUACUGCCAGAGGUAAAAAAAAUAUAACAAUCACAUAUAUCUGUUGAUUUGGGAAGUUCUGCAUAAAAUUCUGCUGUCUGUAGUGUGUCCAAAGUUAGAGGGGCAGGUUUCAUGUCUUUCUCUCUUUUUCUGUGUCCUUUCCUUAGUUUUCUGUGUCCUUUCCUUAGUUUGAUGUACAAGCAAAAGUAGUCUGUUAUGAAACGAAUGUCACCUGUCUGUGUACAGUUUUUAGACUCACGGCAAGAAGAUACUGAUAUUUGGAUGCCAGUCCCAACAAAAAUAAGGGUUGUGCGAUCUCUCGACGUAGCCAAACUGGUUUGAGAAUACAAUAUCUUUUUUUUUCUUCUUCGUUUUAUGUGUCCUCAAAUGAACAAGCCCCCAAGCCCCCCCCCCCCCACCCCCUCCAGAAAAAAAAGAGGCAGCUUUUUGCACACCAUCUCAGGAAAUUAAGUUUCCGCAGUUGGUAUAUUAUUUUUUAAGUUUGUUUUAAAUAUACCUUUUUAUGCCACUUAGUGCUUUUGUUUUUCUACCUGCUUGCCUUUUCGCGUCCUGCUACAUUAGAUGCAAAGAACUUUAACGAGAGCUUGAUUUGAUCUCAUGUUUGAUUUUUGUUUGAUAUGUUUGAGGGGCAUGCGAUUUUGCUCUUGGGACUUGUUUGUAAAUGUUUGACCCAUGUGGAGGGGGUUGUGGGAAGAGAGGCUGUCGGGAGGCGGUGUAAUGGUAUGCUUGGUUGGGAACACUUCUAAAAGAGUGGUUGGGUUCAUUGCUUCAAAGGACAAAGCAGGUUAUGUACAAAGCAAUGCACUGAUAUUUUGUAGCAGGUCAUUAUUGUCGUCUUCAUGUCUAUACAUCCAGUGCUUCCACCAUUUCACACACUCAUUGUCCAAAUCGCCACACCAUAAACAGCACAGCGAGGUUUACUAAUGAUGCACAGCAUGUUGCUUCAUGCUAUGGAUCGGUCAAAUCGGAAGUCGUGGGGAAAAACUGCAUCAAAAACUCUUUUAAUCAGUUAUUCCAAUGCUUUGCUCUCCACCAAAACCAUCGUGGUUUCUAUUUGAAGUGAAACUCACUUGUGCAGAUCAGAUUGUCUCAUCCGGUAAAAGAACAGGUAAUGGGUACCGACUGAUGAGGAACAGCUACGUCCUUGAAGUUCACCCACAUUUCUAAUAUUUCUGAUCAAGACUUAAAAAAAAAAAAAAAACUCAACAGCCAGUUUGAUCAGUGAAGACGUUUCAUUGCGUCAUUUUCUUUCUUCUCGUAUUCCUUUCCCAUUUCAUGAUGGGUCCUUCCCGAGUGUACCGUUUAGCCGCCCUCUGUGGCCUCUGUGUCUAUGUGUACAUAUGGUGUUCUGCCUGCCUGUGUCAUGUGACUUGGUUGUAUCUGUGUCUGAAAAAAGCAGCGCUGGGAGAAGGGGCGGUGGCUAGCACCCUCCACAAGGCGUCAUUACAAAGACCGCCGUCGGAACACACGACAAAACACGAUGUAAAAACGCCAAAAAGAGCUUCGAACUGGACUUUAAAUCGACGGCAGCACGCUGACCCGGCGAUCUGCGCGCUCGCCGUUGGCAUUCGUCAACACGUAAACAAGAUGCCGUCACGUCAACACGAUCUGAAACUCUUUUUUUCCAUCUGGUUUCACUGAUUCCAGGUCAAGUGUUGUUGAUGUGAGCAGGACCGCUAAGUGGAUCCCCUUCUACCAGCAGCUGAGUAGUGAAAAACAGUCCACUGUUGCCUGCCUGGUCUUCUCCACGGUGAGGUAGUAAAAGUAGCAAUCGGGGAUGGAAAUUUCACGACCCAUUGGCGAGUAGGUCUGAGUUCUCACUGGCCAGAGUCGAGUAAAGAAGUUACAGAGGUGAUAUGUACAUGUCACUGACUCACAACAGCCAGCUAAUGCUGGAAUAGUUUGGAUUUGAGUAUUAAUCGUUCCUCGUCAGAUGUCGUUAUGUGGGGAGGGCAAACUCUUUGCUAAUACUUCCCGAUUUAAACUUUAAGCAUUCCCCAUUCAAACGGAUGGGGGCCACAAGUAAAAACAACACACGCUUUUAAAGGGACAGGCCCCCUCGACCAAAAGAAAAUGUAAAAUACAUGUCUGACCUGUUGACAGCAGUGCUGUUUACAAUCUAGACUGUUUUGGCGUGAGUUCCUUAGUUUUGGGAAAUAUCAGCUGUAAAGAUGUCUGCCUGCUCUCAAACAUAAUGUGACUAUGGCUCUCGGCUUUUGGGACUCAAAGCGCCAAAACAAAAACAUUUGAAAAACCUGGUUACUCAAAAUAGUCCAUCGACCAUGUUGUGAGUAGUUUCAUGUAGGAUAUCCAACAUGAGUUCCUGCAAUAUUUGAUAAAUAGCACGACAGGUAAGAGGUAAAAUAUGUAUUUUGGAUUUUAGGGUGAACUGUUUCAAGUGUCCAGGUGCUUUCUGAAAUUCCAUCCCUGGUCGUAACACACAGUCCACUGUGGCCUACCGUGGUCCCCUUUAUGGUAAAGUAUUAGGCGUAGCAAUAUACAGUAUACAUAUUCUAUAUUCUACAGUAAAUAUCAUUAUUUUUGGUCAAAACUGACAACCUGACAAAGAUAGGUUUGUGACUGUAUGCAUUUGUAUGAAUUAUUUUAAAAAGAAAUAAACUGUGGAAAGGUGAA